CAUCCCAUUGACAACGCCCACAGACAAGCCCCGCACAGCGUCCUCCGCCUUUGCGCUCCUCCAGGCCUAUUCAUACGCGACAAUUACCAUGGCAGGCCCCAAGAACACGCUCCUGAUCGAAGGCAGCUUCGAGGAGCUUACCGACGAGUUCGCACAAUACAUCGACAGCCUCAAAAAAUCCGCUGGCGACGAGAGCUCCAACCUCCAGGGCGAGAGCGCGGACCUGCUGAAGGAGAAUAAGAAAGAUGAGGUACUCAAGAAGCUGGUCGUGGGCAGCCAGGCGCUGAACCAGGCGCCAGAGAAGGAGUUCAUAGCGGCAUACAACCUCCUCAUCCACCUCGUAAACCAGUCGCCCAAUGUUUCCAUGUUCCUGCCCAAGAUCUGCCAGAACCUGAGCGCACCCAUCUCCUCGUCUCCCCAGAACGGCGGCGGUCUUGCCCUUUCCAUUCUCAGCACAAUCUUCAACACCACUUUGGCGAACAGUGAAGUGCGAUACCACGUGCUACUCGCUAUCCUCCGAGUCAUUCGCGCCACCUCAAACUUUGAGACGCUGCGACCGCAGCUGAAGCAGCUGGAUACCUGGCUAGAGGCGUGGGAGACGGAGGAGGAAGAUUCUCGCAAGCUAUACCUCGCCAUCAGCGACGUCGCAGCAGACGCAGGCGAGGACGAGCAGGCAUACACAUACCUCCUUCGCGCCCUCCGAACCUUCCCCUCGGAGGAAGCUUCCUCCCCAGAAGCCCGCGAGCUCUCCCUUCGCGCCCUCAAGUCCGCCCUCACACACCCAACCCACUUCGACUUCCAGGACCUCACCGACCUCGAUUCGAUCCAGGCCAUCCGCAACUCCGACCCUGUUCACUUCCAGCUUCUUGAGAUCUUCAACUCCGAUCUCCUAGACGACUACAACGACUUCAAGGAUGAGCACGAUGGAUGGAUCGAGGAGUCUGGUUUCGAUGGUGCGGCGCUGAACCGCAAGAUGCGUCUCCUCACACUCGCCUCCAUGGCUGCGUCAGCAGGCCAAACACGCUCGCUCCCUUACGACAAAAUCGCAAAAGCGCUACAAGUGCCCUCCGAAGACGUGGAGAUGUGGGUCAUCGACGUAAUUCGUGCUGGUCUCGUAGAAGGCAAACUCAGCCAGCUGAACCAGACGUUCUUAAUUCACCGCUCAACGUACCGCGUCUUUGGUGAUAACCAGUGGCGGGAGGUUGCCUCGCGGUUGGAUCUGUGGCGGAACAGCCUCCAGGGUGUGUUGCAAGUUGUGCAACAGGAGAAGCAGAGGUUCCUACAGGAGAAGGAGGACGAGGCGAACAAGGCGGAUCAAAAGGCUGAUAUGGCAAGUAGGUUUGGGAACCGGGGUGGUCAGAGGAAGCAGCAGCCUAGGGCUAUUGAUGACGAUUUAGAGUAGAUAUGUAGGCGAGGAGUACAAAUGGCGGAUUUUGUUUGCUUCUACAAAACGUAGGGACGGAGCUGAUGCAUUCACGGUUUUCUAAGGUUAAUGAACAGCGGCCCUCGUGCUGCAGGAUAGAAAAUGCGACACAUACCUUAAUUUCAUGUGCUUUGAGAGG